AGCGCGCAGAGCUAUAAGGCGGCUGUCUCCGGUGGAGUGGAAGCGCGGCGGUCGCGGGCGGAGCGGGCUCCGGUGGAUGUGGGCGCCUGGGGCUUCCUCGCGUGGGGAGGCGGCGCCGGACCCCAGCCCUCCUGGUCCUCCUCCUCCUCCUCCUCCUCCUCCUGGUCCUUCUGCUGCCCCCUCGGGAAUGGCGCCUGGAUGUCGGAUGGAGUAGAUGAGGGCAGGCGAGGCCAGGCUCCCCGGGGCGCCUUUGGGAGACGGCGACGACGACGAGGAGGGGGGCUCCACGAAAUGGAAGGGCCCCGGCCCCCGGCCCCCGCCCUCUGGGCUGCCCUCCUCCUCCUCAGCCUCGGGACCCCCGGACUAGCGGCCCCCAACUAUAAUUGUGAGGACCCACUGGUACUCUCGUUACCUGCGACAGCAUUUGACAGCUCCUCCAAACUCUCCAGCGGUCACAGCCCCAGCUUUGCAAAGCUCAUCAAACGGGAUGGGGCUGGUGGCUGGUCCCCAUUGGAUUCUAGUAGGGAACAAUGGCUCCAGAUUGAUUUGGGAGACAGAGUGGAGAUUACUGGUGUUGCUACUCAAGGAAGGUAUGGAAGCUCAGAUUGGACAACAAGCUACAGUCUAAUGUUCAGUGAUACAGGUCGCAACUGGAAGCAGUAUCGAGAGGAAGACAUCAUCUGGGUCUUCCAAGGGAACACCAAUGCUGACAGUGUGGUACAGCACAAGUUUCUUCACUCUGUUAAGGCUCGAUUUGUUCGCUUUAUUCCUCUGAAAUGGAAUCCUGGUGGAAAUAUAGGCCUGAGGGUUGAAGUUUUUGGGUGUUCGUACAAAUCUGAUAUUGCUGACUUUGAUGGAAGGAGCUCCCUCCUCUAUAGGUUCAACCAAAAGCUGAUGAGUACCUUCAAAGAUGUUGUUUCCCUGAAGUUCAAGAGCAUGCAGGGAGAUGGAGUCUUGUUUCAUGGAGAAGGUCAGCGUGGAGAUUAUAUUACCCUGGAGCUGCAAAAUGGAAAGCUUUCUUUGCACAUCAACCUGGGAGAUGCCAAGCUACGCUUCAGCAAUGGUCACACCACAGUCACUUUGGGCAGCCUCCUGGAUGAUCAGCAUUGGCACUCAGUUCUCAUUGAGAGAUUCAAUAAGCAAGUUAAUUUCACAGUGGACAUGCACAUGCAGCAUUUCCGGACGAAGGGAGAUUCGGAUGAUUUGAACAUUGAUUAUGAGCUCAGUUUUGGAGGAAUCCCAGUCCCUGGAAAACCAGGAACUUUUCUGAAGAAAAAUUUCCAUGGCUGUAUUGAGAAUCUUUAUUACAAUGGAGUCAAUAUCAUUGACCUGGCAAAAAGACGGAAGCCACAAAUCUACACUGUGGGUAAUGUGACUUUUGCCUGCUCAGAACCACAAAUCACUCCCAUCACCUUCGACAGCUCCAACAGCAGUUACUUGCUGUUACCAGGCACUCCCCAGCUUGAUGGCCUGUCAGUCAGCUUCCAGUUUCGCACAUGGAACAAGGAUGGUCUCCUCCUGUCCACUGAGCUGUCAAGAGAUUCUGGCUCACUCCUCUUGUUUCUCCAGCAUGGGAGGUUAGCACUCAUCAUCCAGAAGGCAGCAGAAAAACAUGUGGCCAUCAAUGCAGGCAAUAAUCUAUAUGAUGGCCUAUGGCACUCAGUUAACAUCAAUGCUAGAAGACAUCGCAUCACUCUAACUCUAGAUAAUGAUGUCACAUCUGCUGUUCAUGCAACCACAGUUUCUCAGAUUUAUUCAGGGCACAGCUACUUUUUUGGAGGGUGCCCUGACAAUCUUACCGAUUUGAAAUGUUUAAAUCCCAUUAUGGGUUUUCAAGGCUGCAUGAGACUCAUCUUUAUUGAUAACCAGCCCAAGGACCUCAUUUUAGUUCAGCAAGGUUUCCUGGGGAAUUUUAGCAAUCUCCGCAUUGAUCUCUGUGGCAUCAAAGAUAGGUGUUUGCCAAACUAUUGUGAACAUGGAGGAAGAUGCUCCCAGUCCUGGAUGAUGUUCCAUUGUGAUUGUAGUGAAACUGGUUAUACGGGAAUGACCUGCCAUAACUCUAUUUAUGAGCAGUCAUGUGAAGCCUAUCGGCACCAAGGGAAAACAUCUGGUUUCUUCCACAUUGAUUCUGAUGCAAGUGGUCCACUUCCACCACUUUUAGUCUACUGCAAUAUAACAGAAGAUAAGAGCUGGACUGUGGUCCAGCACAACAACACCGAGCUAACUCGAGUCCGUGGGGCUGAUCCUGGGAAGCCAUACACCAUGAGCUUUAACUACAACAGCAGCAUGGAGCAGCUGGAGGCAAUGAUAAAUAGUGCCGAAUACUGUGAACAGGAGGCAGCUUACCACUGCAAAAAGUCACGUCUGCUCAACACCCCAAAUGGAAUGCCAUUUGUUUGGUGGGUUGGUCAUGCCAACGAAAAGCAUCCUUACUGGGGAGGGUCUAUUCCAGGAGUCCAGCAGUGUGCAUGUGGAUUAGAAGAAAGCUGCUUGGAUCUGAGAUACUUUUGUAACUGUGAUGCUGAUAAAGAAGAAUGGACCAAUGAUACUGGCUUCCUUUCCUUCAAAGAACACUUGCCUGUAAACCAGAUUGUCAUCACUGAUACAAACAGACCUAAUUCUGAAGCUGCCUGGAGAAUUGGACCUUUGCGUUGCUAUGGAGAUAGACAGUUCUGGAAUUCAGCUUCAUUCAUCACUGAGUCCUCGUACCUUCUCUUCCCCACCUUUCAUGCGGAGUUCACUGCAGAUAUUUCCUUCUUCUUCAAAACUGCAGUAACAUCAGGGGUCUUCUUGGAAAAUUUAGGAAUGAAAGACUUCAUCCGAAUUGAAAUAAGCUCUCCAAAAGAGAUCACCUUCAGAGUAGAUGUUGGCAAUGGGCCAGUAGAAGUCACUGUCCAGUCUCCAGUGCCCUUGAAUGAUAAUCAGUGGCAUUAUUUGCUUGCUGAGAGAAAUCUCAAGGAAACUUCUCUUCAGGUGGACAAGCUUCCAAAGAAGAUUGUCGAAGCACCCACUGAAGGACAUUUCCGAUUGCAGCUGAAUAGUCAGCUAUUUGUAGGGGCAACUGCCUCCAAGCAGAAAGGUUUUAUGGGUUGUAUUCGGUCCCUUCAUCUCAAUGGGCAGAAACUGGACCUUGAAGAGAGGGCCAAAGUGACCCCUGGAGUGAAACCUGGGUGCCCUGGUCACUGCAGCAGCUAUGGCAACCUUUGUCACAAUGGAGGAAAAUGUGUGGAGAAGUUUAAUGGCUACUUGUGUGAUUGCACCAAUUCACCAUAUGAGGGACCAUUCUGCAAAGAAGAGGUUUCUGCACUUUUUGAAGCUGGCACUUCCAUCACCUAUGUUUUCCAGGAACCUUAUCCUGUGACCAAAAAUGCAAGCUCUACAUCCUCUGCUAUUUAUGCAGACACGUUUACCUCUAAGGAAAAUAUUGCUUUCACCUUCCUGACAGCACAUGCUCCAAGCCUCCUGUUCUAUAUCAAUGCCUCUUCUCAUGACUAUUUGGCUGUUAUCCUCUCUAAGAAUGGAAGCUUGCAAGUCCGAUACAGAUUGAGUAAGAACAGAUCCCUUAUUUUCACUAUCGAUUCUGGGAAUUUUGCAAACCGGGAGCUGCACCAUGUCAAGAUAAAUAGAGAUGGGAGAGAGCUAACUAUUCAGAUUGACCAGGUUCUUAAAGUCAAGCACAACUUUUCCUCGGAGGCUGACUUCAGGGCCAUCAAAUCUCUAACCUUGGGAAGAGUCACAGAUGGUCAGGGACUCGAUCCAGAAGUCUCCAAGGCAAACUCCUUUGGAUUCAUAGGGUGCAUGUCAUCUGUUCAGUACAACCACAUUUCUCCACUGAAAGCUGCCUUACGACAUCCGAGUAUAGCACCUGUGACAGUUCUGGGUUCUUUGUCUGAAUCAAACUGUAGGGCUUUAGUAGCAGUCGAUGUGAAUACAGCAACUACGAUAUAUUCGUCAUCAGAUCCAUUUGGGAAGGCAGACGAAAGAGAGCCACUCACCAAUGCUGUCAGGAGUGAUUCAGCUGUUAUUGGAGGUGUUAUAGCAGUGGUAAUCUUCAUCAUCUUUUGUAUCGUGGCCAUUAUGAGCAGAUUUCUUUACCAGCACAAACAGACACAUCGGAGCAGCCAGACAAAGGAAAAAGAAUACCCAGAACAUCUUGAGAGUUCUUUUAAGACUGAUAUUGACUUGCAGAACACAGUGAGCGAGUGCAAAAGAGAAUACUUCAUCUAGAAAAUUCUCUAGCUCCUUGUUACACUUUGGCAUUUCUUUGAUUUUGAUGGUGGUGGUGGUAGUGAUUUAUUUUAUUCUUUACCCAUCAAUUUCUUUUGAAUUACCCCACCCUUUUGGAAAGAACCCACUUUGCACAGAAGAGAGCAACUGCAAUGUCUCUGUUUCUUUGUUCAAAUGCACCACAACAGUUAAUGCUUAACAGUUCAAUCAACUGUGUGUUUUAUCUAAGUUCCUCCUAACAUGCAUGGUUGAUCAUUUAGUUUCUGGUUGAAUGUUUAGUUUCUGGGCAGCAUUUAAUUCGUCAUUUCAUAUCGGACCUGAGUGAUAUAUACUAGAGGUAAAGUGUACCAGCUAACUAUGUAGCAACACAGCUAUUGCAACAAAGUAGUGGGAAAGAAUAUGACCAAAUUAUCUCUAUUUUUUUUAAAUGUAUGUUUAACAGGAGCCAGAUUGGUAUAAUAAUUUUGUUUCAUGUUGGUGGUGCUGUGAUGAUUUUGCAAGUUGAAGAUUUGGAAGACUUUAUCCCUAUCAUAUCCUUUUCUAACCUUUUAGUGUGACAUUUUGACCUAAAGGUUCCUUUUUUCUCUUGUCUUUACAAAACAACUUUGAUGGAAAUGGUGCUCCAAAUUAAUGCUGGGUCAAACUAUUUGUACCAGAAAUUUUGGCCAGAGAUUGGGUAAAAAUGUCCCCUCAAAGAUAUUUCUAAUCUUUUGUGGGGCUGGGCUGGGAAAAUGGUAAUGCAUUUUUCUUUUGCAAUAUGAGAAAAUGUUGUCACCACUUCACUCUGUUUCAGAGCUGCAAUAAGCAGUAGCACGUUAUCUUUCCUACUCCCCACUCUUUAAGAACACCAAUGGCAACAAUCUUUUGUGUUGUAGUGGUAUUCCCACUGAUGUGAUCUGUUUACAGUGGGGAAUACUAAUAGGCUGCUUUUCUCUACUACUGUUUAACACCUUUGCUGCCUUAUAUCUAUCACGGUAAAUCACAUGUCCCCCAAAUAUUAAAAUUUUGCCACACAUAAAAAUCACCCAGACCACAGCAGCACCCACUUUCACAUAAUAUAAAUGGCUCUGUGAAAAGUGGGAGUAGGUAUUUGGGCCCAACAUUUGUCCAAAGCACCCUUCAAUUGCAUCCUACAACUUGUCAGUGCCCUGUGAUGGAACAUUUACAGCACCAGGUAAUGCAUGGAAAGUAGCACCUUCAGUUAUCAAACAUUCUAGGAAGUUAUUAAGGGUUCUGCAAAAACCUAAUUUGAACAAAAUUGUUAGUUGUGCUACUUAGAACUGGGACCUGAACAUAAUUUGGAGGCAAGAAGCAAAAUUAUUAGAAUCAAACUUUUAUUUGAAUUUAAUAAAUAAAAGCUAGAGUUCAGAGAAUGGACAACAGAUCCCUAAAACAUCUUUAAAAGUAUGCAAAAACAAAACAAAAAAAAAAAACUUUUCCAGAACAUAAGGCUAAUAUCAAAAUCACCCCUUCCCUUUCCAAUAGCAUGCAGUUUUACACACAAGAUAGAAUGUCAGGGACCUUAAGACCCCUGUAUCCCACUAUCUGCUGUUAAUAUUUUAUAUCUCUUUUGAUCUGUGAACUCUAGCUAUGACACUUGAUAAUCUGAAUAUUUUAUAAUUUGGUAUGUGAAGUGCGUGUUUGUGCACACAUAUACCCAGAAGCAGAUUUUGUCUAAUUUGUGGAAAUAUUUAAGAACUUGGCUGCUAUUCGUGUAGAUACUUAUAGCGUAUAGAAGUCUAAAUGGCACAGGUACUUGCCGAGAGAUCCUUACUUCCUCAAGAUUGGCUAUGAAAAAAAUCUAGAAUUUCAGAUUGACAAUAUGAGUGCAUCCCUCUCUGCUAUAGCAGAAGUAAUAGAGUUGCAGCCUGCAGUGGUUGAGGUUAGUGCUAUGCUGAGAAGUUACUCGCAUUUUUUCAACCAGUCUUAUUGAAUCACUUCCAUUGGUUUAAGAGAAGAAAGGGGGAUUCCAAAAAGCAGAUUUUGUUUUAAAAAAUCAUAUCACUUUUACGUAUCUUAAUUAUGAGGUGGGCAAGGACUCUUUCUGCGUCUUCCUUUUAUUGUACUACCAGAUCUUGGCAGGAACUCCCCACACUUCAAUUAAAACCCAGAGGUAGAUAGCCUGAAGCAAGAUCUCUCCUGGUUCUUUUUUACACCAAGAAGUGUGAGCUGUCAAGGAAACCGAAAAUGGAGAGAUGUGUAAUGCAGGGGAUGGGAAAUCACACAACACUGUCAUCCACCAUAAUUGAAAAGGUACAUUGAAAACCACAACCAAAAUAUUUAAAAACAAACAUAGAAGCAGCUAAAGUGUACUAAGAAUGAUCCAGAAAAAUAGAAGUCAUAACUGCAUCUUUAGCUUAACAACCAAUGUCUGACAUUGGAACUAAGGCUACGAAGACAUUGUGUCUCCCACCUUGAGGGCAGGAAGUAGGAAUAGAUUCCGCUGAGGGGUAUAUGACAUGUAUCUCAGGAAGACCUGCAAUAUUCAGCUUGUAAUUUUCAGACCUUGAGAAAGGCUUUGUAGUCCUUUCUUGUGAGAGAAGUUGAUCAUUGCAUGUCGGAGUAAAUCUCUCUAUACCAGGGAUGCAUUUUAUUUUUCUUAUUUCAUUAUUGCAUGGGUGGGGAAUUACAAAUGUUUCUCCCUUCUGGUUCAACUUGAAACCAUUUUUGUGCAUUUCUCAUUAUUUUGCACAUUUCUGGGUCUUUCUACAAAAAUUCUGUUUAUGGAGGGAAAACGUUGUUGUUUUUUUCAUUGUUUUGCAUAGAUAAGGAUAUUUUGAGGGGAAAACCCCACUGAAAAUGAUUAAUUGAAGGGUGAAAAAUCUCAAGGCAAUUUGUAAGCCACCCUGAAAACUUUUGUGGCUGAAGAGAAAGGUAUAAAUAUUCAAAAUAAAUACAUAUUUUUCCAGAUAUCCUUUCUUAUCAAGGAUAAUAAAAUUUGAACAUAUUAUUUAUAUCACUAUUGUAUAUGAAAAGGGAAAGAAAAAAAAGUAUCUCACACACUUCACAGCUGCAGUCUGAGUUUCCUAAAUAGGGCAAUUUUUCAGCAUUUAUACUAACCUUUAGCAACACUUCAAAUGGCAACUUGUUAGGGAUUGAAAUUUUUUUAAAAAGUGUGAAAAAUGAAUUUUUCAAGUGUCAGAUUACCCUGACAGUUCACGACUUAUUCUGUGCAAAAUUUGUUUCUUGUCCAGAAAACACUGUUUUCUGAGCUAAAAUUCCACA